GGGGCCGAAGCCCCUCGGCGCGGGGCGCCAUAGAGCAUGGACGGAGGACCUGCGUCCUAGACACUUCCGGAAGUGGCUCCCUCAGGCGCCCGCCGGGCACCAUAGAGCUGGGGGCGGCGGCCGGGAUAGCGGGCUCGCUUUCCUAGAGCGGCAAGGACAGGGUGGCGGCCCGGGGGGGAGGGAGUAGGGAGAAGUGGGGAGCGGCGCGGGCGGAAGCGGCCGGGAAGGUCACUUCCGGCCUGGGCGCCCGUCCCCCUGACCCCAGGGUCUGAGUCGCCGCUGCCGCCGCUGCCACCAUCCGCGAGGCAGGAGAGAGGAGGAGGAGUGCGGCGCGGCGGCCCCGGGACCAAGGAGGGACCCAGACAUGGAGCUGCGGGAAGAAGCCUGGUCUCCGGGGCCGCUGGAUUCUGAGGACCAGCAGAUGGCCAGUCAUGAGAACCCAGUGGACAUCCUCAUUAUGGAUGAUGACGACGUCCCCAGCUGGCCUCCCACCAAGCUGUCCCCGCCCCAGUCUGCGCCCCCAGCCGGCCCCCCUCCCCGGCCGCGGCCGCCCGCCCCCUACAUCUGCAACGAGUGUGGCAAGAGCUUUAGCCACUGGUCCAAGCUGACGCGGCACCAGCGCACGCACACCGGCGAGCGGCCCAACGCCUGCGCCGACUGCGGCAAGACCUUCUCGCAGAGCUCGCACCUGGUGCAGCACCGGCGCAUCCACACGGGCGAGAAGCCCUAUGCCUGCUUGGAGUGCGGCAAGCGCUUCAGCUGGAGCUCCAACCUCAUGCAGCACCAGCGCAUCCACACGGGCGAGAAGCCCUACACCUGCCCCGACUGCGGCCGCAGCUUCACUCAGAGCAAGAGCCUGGCCAAACACCGGCGCUCGCACAGCGGCCUCAAGCCCUUCGUGUGUCCGCGCUGCGGCCGCGGCUUCAGCCAGCCCAAGAGCCUCGCGCGUCACCUGCGGCUGCACCCGGAGCUGUCGGGGCCCGGCGUGGCGGCCAAGGUGCUGGCGGCCAGCGUCCGGCGGGCCAAAGGGCCCGAAGAGGCGGUGGCGGCGGACGGCGAGAUCGCCAUCCCUGUGGGCGAUGGCGAGGGCAUCAUCGUGGUGGGCGCGCCGGGCGAGGGGGCCGCGGCCGCGGCAGCCAUGGCGGGCGCGGGGGCAAAGGCCGCGGGGCCCCGGUCGCGGCGCGCCCCGGCCCCCAAGCCGUACGUGUGUCUGGAGUGCGGGAAGGGCUUCGGGCACGGGGCCGGGCUCCUGGCGCACCAGCGGGCCCAGCACGGGGACGGGCUUGGGGCGGCGGGGGGCGAGGAGCCGGCCCACAUCUGCGUGGAGUGCGGGGAGGGCUUCGUGCAGGGCGCCGCGCUCCGGAGACACAAGAAGAUCCACGCGGUGGGCGCGCCCUCGGUCUGCAGCAUCUGCGGACAGAGCUACUACCGGGCGGGCGGGGAGGAGGAGGAGGAGGACGACGAGGCCGCGGGCGGGCGGUGCGCCGAGUGCCGCGCUGGGGAGGGCCGGUAGGGGAGGGGCCCGGGGGGGGGCAGGGCCCCUCGGGCUUGGCGGGAACGACGACGUGCAAGACUAAGAGACCCAGGGAGAAGUGGACGGGGUGCGACGGACCCCGCGGCGUCCACGUGGGGCGGGGGGUGGGGUAUUAGGGCCAGUUCACUUCUCCGCCUCGAGACUCCGCCCCCCCUCAGCCUGGCCCGCCCUUAGGUUAUCGGCCUGCGAGCCGGAGACAGACAAUGGAGAGAACUGUAGAGGCCGAGUGGUGACUAGGCCUCAAGCGGAAGGCCAUUUUCCCUCCUCUUCCUCAGUUGUCCGGGGUGGGGGUGGGGGUGCUGCGAGGAAUAGAGAAACCCGGCCCUUUGCGUUUAGAGGGUCCCAGAGAGGGCAGGGAAAUAGGGGCCCUUUUUUCUCUUAGAAUUUUCUUUUGAUCAGCCCACCUUUUGACUCCCCGCCCGCCCCAAUCAUUUUUUUCUGCCUUCCGGGUCCCAUCCUUAGAGCUCGAGUCGUUCCUUCCCCUCCUGGAUUCCGGGUAGCAGAGGCCGCCCCUGUGCCCAGCAAAGCCCCGCAGGAGGCGGGUGCCUGUUUGUCCCAGGCCUGGGCGUGGUGGAGGAAGGGGUGCUAGAAUAAUAAAUGGCACUAUCCAAAUGUC